CUACAGGCACCUCUCAAUGCGCAUGCGUGAACAUCUACCCAGCAGGUAAACUCCACCAUGGCGGCGAGAGGCCAUGUGCAGGAUCCCAACGACAGGAGACUCAGACCCAUUUACGAUUACCUUGAUAAUGGCAACAAUAAAAUGGCAAUACAGCAGGCAGAUAAACUGCUGAAGAAACAUAAGGACCUGCACUGUGCCAAGGUCCUAAAGGCGAUCGGCCUUCAGAGGACUGGAAAGCAGGAUGAAGCUUUCACCCUGGCCCAGGAAGUGGCCACUCUAGAGCCCACUGAUGACAACUCACUACAAGCUCUGACUAUACUGUACAGAGAGAUGCAUCGUCCGGAGUUGGUCACCAAGCUGUAUGAAGCUGCGGUGAAGAAGGUCCCUCUGAGCGAGGAGUAUCACUCCCACCUCUUCAUGGCGUACGCUCGUGUCGGCGAGUACAAGAAGAUGCAGCAGGCAGGAAUGGCCCUGUACAAGAUCGUCCCCAAGAAUCCCUAUUACUUCUGGUCUGUGAUGAGUCUGGUGAUGCAGGCGAUCUCAGCACAAGAUGAAAAACUGGCUCAAACCAUGUUCCUGCCUCUGGCUGAGCGCAUGGUGGAGAAAAUGGUUAAAGAGGAGAAGAUUGAAGCAGAGGCAGAGGUGCAGCUGUAUUUUAUGAUCCUGGAGCGUUUGGGAAAGUGUGUAGAGGCUCUCGAAGUGAUCAGGGGUCCGCUUGGGGAGAAGCUGACCAGUGAGCUGCAGAGCAGAGAAAACAAGUGUAUGAUGCUGUACCAGCGACUACAGCGCUGGCCAGAGUGCAACGCUUUGGCCCACAAGCUGCUGCUCAAAAAUCCUGACGACUGGCAGUUCUAUCCCUCCUACUUUGACUCUCUCUUCCACCUGAUGGAUCAGUCGUGGAGUCCGCCAGAAGAAGGCGACCACUGUUCGGAGGGUGCGGUGCAUCACACUGUGGCUGAAGUGGUGAGGUUUGUGGAAGAGAGAAUUAAGGGGGAGGACGGCAAAGAGUCUCGCUCGCUCAGAGGGCCGUACUUAGCUCGGCUUGAACUAAUGCACAGACUGAGAGAGAGGGGCUGUCCAGAAGAAAGCCUGCUGGGUGAGCCUUUAGAGCUAAUGGUGCAGUUCUUUGGGAAGUUUGGAGACAAACCCUGCUGCAUCACCGACCUAAAAAUAUACCUGCACCUGCUCUCUCCUGAGCAGCAUGUUCAGUUCAUUAACCGUCUGAGUGAAGCGGUUCCACUGGGGGAGCAGGGAGAGGAGGGAUUCGCUUUUCCAGACGACACCAAAGCUCUACAGAGGCACUUGUGUGUGUGUCAGCUGAGUCGAGCGCUCGGGCUGCACCACAGCCUCGACGUGGACGGAAAACUGCGGCUUAUCGCGGAGCUCAAGGCUCACUAUCGGCACGGGCUCAAGUUCGGGAAGAACGCUCUGAAGACGGAGCUGCAGUUCUCUGAUAUGUAUUGUCUCAUGGCAGCUCAUGUAUACAUUGACUUGUGGACGGAGACUGGGGACGAGAACAUGGUGUGGCAGAGUCUGGGUCUCCUCCAGGAGGGUCUGUCUCACAGUCCCUCCAACGCCCAGUUCAAGCUGCUGCUCCUGCUCCUCUACUGUCACCUGGGAGCCUUUGAGCCUGUAGUGGACCUUUACUCCAGCUUGGAUGCCAAGCAUGUACAGCACGACACCAUAGGGUUUCUGUUAACGCGUUACGCUGAGUCGUUGGGUCAGUUUGCUGCAGCCUCCCAGUCCUGUAAUUUCUCCCUCAGGUUUUUCCACUCUAACCAGAAAGAUACCUCAGAGUAUAUCAUCCAGGCGUAUAAGUAUGGUGCGUUUGAGAAAAUCCCAGAGUUCAUUGCUCUCAGGAACAGGUUGAACCAAUCGCUGCACUUUGCCCAAGUCCGCACUGAGAGGAUGCUGCUGGACCUGUUCCUUGAGGCUGAUAUUGUGUUGAGUCUGGAGGAAAGUGUGAAGGCCAUGUCUUUGUCUGCAGAGGAGGACGACAUCCCCUGGGAUAACAUGAGGGACAACAGGGACCUUACCGUUUUUACCAGCUGGGACCCGAAGGAGAGACAGCUAACUGACGAGCACCGGCGUCGCUCUCUAGAGGAGGAGUCUGUGUGGCUGAGGAUACGCUCUCUAACACUUCGCCUCCUGGCCUUUUUGGCCGGGCUGGGACACACUCCCUCGCAACAAAACUCCGAGAUCGCCAACGAGAACGGCGUCGGAGACAAGACCUCGGUCCUCAGCAGCCUGCUCUCCCAGCUCAAUCAGACUCUACAGACCGCCGCUCAGAUGGCAGAAAAACGCAUACAGUAUCCAUUCUUGGGACCACCCUCCACCCGCCUGGCCCCAGCUCUGUCCAGCGGGAGCUGCCAGUGUCAGGCUGCGGCCCUCCAGCUGUCUGUCCACCUGCAGGAGCUGGAGACUGUCGGACUUGACGAGUCGUCGGAGCUUCAAACCCAGAUCUGUAACGGUUUCAAAUCAUUAGUAGUACAGCUUCAAGAAAUACUGAAUAAAUGCAAAGGGGAUUUAUUGGAAAUGAAAGAGAACAAAUUAAAAACGCAGCCCUCCUUAUUAGAAAACCUAAUCUUCUUUGUUGAGACGGUGUGCAUAGUCUUGUGGAUGGCUAGUUACUGUGCCAAGAUCCUGCGACCACUCAAGACGAGUCUACAGAAGAAGAAGAAGAAGAAAAAGGAUGCAAACACAGCUCUGCCUGUGGUGGUGUGUGGCUUCCAGGAGCUGACGGGGAGCUUGCAGGACCUGCUUACCCAGGCUUUGGAGCAUAUAAAGGGGCAAGAGACUGGCAUGACUGCCCUUAAACUGGCCAGUUUAACCUUGGAAGGAUACGCACAGGUUAGAGUGCAGACACAUGAGGAGGUGUCGUAUACGAAGGCUGCUAUGGACAAGGUGCAGAGCAGUUACCUGCGCUCACUACAGGAGGUGGGAGACCUGCUCAAGAAGAGAGCGGAGACUAUAAAGAACCUCAAGAUCUGAAACACCAUCACACGCCCCAAACUAAGAAGACUAUACUCCCACCAUCAGCCCCUCCCUUCCCUGCCCCACACCUCCGUCUGUCAGCCCACCAGCUAACCUGCGUGUCCUACUCUUCCUCACUGGUCCAACAAACCCAGAUCCAGCCUGCCCAUCGCAGUCAUUUCUGACCUCUCUCCUCUCCUGCGAAUUUCUCCCUCGGCGUUCGUGAGCUCUCAGUCUGGAUCCUUUUUUUUUUUCUUUCUUUUCUUUCACUUCAACACACACCUCUGGAACAUUUGCAACUCUUAUAGCACAUAAGCUUGUAAGUAAACUCAUGAAUUUAUACAGCAGUUAUAAGUGAAAACAAGGUAAAAAAAAAAUCAUAUGCUCCUUUAAGAUGAAUAGAGCAAAUUAGGAAAAAUGAAUAAGCAGUUUUAGAUGAACUAAUCUAAUAAAUUAUUGUACAUAGUGAAGAGCAACUACCACAGGUCAUUGACUAAAGAGAAUAUAAGACACAAUAAACCACUAUUCUAUUUGUUGGUCAGUCUGGUGACUCUGACAACAGUCGAAGUAAAAGUCACACACACACACACACACUCUGAGGAGAAAGUUCUUUCAAUGUGCUGCUUUUCCAGCUGUUUCUCUCUUUCAGGAGCAAACAGGCACAAUUUUGCAUUAAACUGAUGCACUCUGUGGAAAUAUGGACCCUGGAGACCAGCAGAAAGCCUUCGGAAUGAGGUUUCCCAUUCAAGAUUUAUUUUGUCACACUCUUGUGUUCUUCCUUUCUUUCUUUCUUUUUUUUUUUUGCUUUGUGUAUCUCGUAUGUCGCUUUGGUACUGAACGUGGAACCACCUCUGUAGUUGCAGUAUUAUAUUGAGCAAUGUUGGUAUGAGUUCAAUAACCAGGACAUUUAAAAAAUAAUUGAAUUGUCUGCCACUGUUUGUUCUUUGUUUCCUUUCUUUUUCUUUCUAUACCAGUAGACGUGGUGCUUGUAAACAUGUCUGUGUGGAAUUUGGUUGUUCCAGCACAAAGAAGAAAAAAAAAAACAGGCAUGGAUGAAAUAACCAUCCUUAAAGACUGGAGGACUGAUUCUAAUUAUUUAAGAGACUGUGUGAGAUUUAUCUAAACAUGAAUGUUCACCAAAAACAGUAUCUUUUCUACUCAAAUCAGCCACGAUUUAUUGUUUCCUGCAGUCGGCGGUGUGUUGAAUGCAUCAGUAUGCAAUCACUUCAUUUUUAUCAAAUGAGCAGAAAGAUCCUGAUAAGAACGUUUCCAUGGAUACCUGUGUACACGGUGACUAAAUGACAAAUACAAAUGCAAAAAGGACUACGAUUUGCCAGAUGCUAGAGUGAAUAUUUUGGCUUAUGUGUUCUGGUUCAGUCUAGACCGGAUCAUUUAGAGGAUUUCGUCGUCUUUGACCCAGAUCUGAUUGUACAGACAGUUACUCUCAACCAACAUGCAGUUUUGUAGAAUAUUCUGUUCUGACUCUUUCCCAGAGAGGUGCGUUUCACAGACAAACAUUGGACCUAAUUGUAAAUAAACAGUUGAGGCAGCCUUUUCAAAGUACCGCGUGCAGAGGACAUUAGUGUUUUAAAAGCAGCUGCAGUAGAUACUAUGAGAUUUGUCCUGUGUUCAUGUUUUUGUCAUUCCCACCAACUCUUACGCCCCUCCCCUCUCCCCCCCAAAAAAAGACUUGUGAACCAAAACAAUAUCAUCAGCUUCAGCAUCUUCUACUAUUAGAAAUAACCAAUGAGCGAUAAAAAGCAGACAGUGGCGUAGUUUACAGAUAUCACCAAGGAGCACUGAUAGACGACUGCUGGCACUGCAGGUAGUGUGCAGUUGGGUUUUUGUUUUACUAUUUUAUUAAGAAUUUGGCAGAGCGAUGUGAAAAUGUGAGUAAAUGGUGAAUCCUCCACCUUUCCUGUUAGUCUUGUAUAUGCAUACAAUCACAUCUGCUAAUAAAAUGCCUUUGUUUUUUGACGAGCUGAGCCCAUCUGUUUGAAUGGAGAAGAUGUCUGUGAUCUGACCACGUGUUGUUGUUGUUGUUGAGGUUCAGAAAAAUGGUUGACAAUCUGGAGUGUCAUCUCACCACCCUCUUUUGUUAGAAAAUGGAAAACAGAAACACUGGAAUGUCAAAGCUUUUUUUAAAUAAAAAAAGGUAAAUGUGA